CUGAUGAAGUUAUUACCACAUAUGCAAGAGAAGAAUAAAGAAAGACCAUUAUGUUAUCCAUACAGUGUUAAAGCUAGAGCUUUAUUAAUGGCUCACUUUCAGAGGAUUGAAACAGUUCCUAAUGAACAGGAAAUGGAUUUACAAUAUAUAUUAAAGAAAAGCACAUAUCUUAUCAAUGAAAUGGUCAAUAUUUGUGCUAAUCAAGUUUCAAUGGCAAUGGCUGGUAGAAUUCAUCAAGCCCCUAGAUUAGACACCAUAGAGAAUAUAAUGAAGAUCAGUCAAAUGGUAGUACAGGCUCUAGAGGAGAAAGCUAGUCCCUUCUUACAACUGCCUCAUAUGACAAAUGAUAUGUUACGUCAACUAAACAGAGGAAAGAAACCAGUGAGAUGUUUAAAAGAUAUAGCUACAUUAAAAGAAGAAGAAAGACGACCAUUAUUCCGUAGUUUAGGUGAUGAUGAAUAUCUUGAUGUAAUCAGUGUGUUAGCUAAAAUGCCUGACGUAGAAAUGAUAGUCAACACUGAAGUAUUAGAUGACGAAGAUAACAGUGUUACAGCAGGAUCUAUUGUCACGGUAACAGUCAUAUUAAAACGUAGACCAUUAGAAGAUUUUAUAAAAGCAGACGGCUCACGUAAACCUGUAGAUUAUAAUCAACAAAAAGAUGGAGAGGAGGAAAAUGAAGUUGCAGAAGAAAAUCCAGAAAAAGAAAAUGCAGAAGCAGCCGACAAUACAGCAGUUUGGGAUAAAAGAAGGGGUAAAGGAAAAAAGAAACCCAACCCAGAAAGUAGAAAAGCUCUAUAUAAAGAAAGAAAGGCUAAGGCUAGAGCUGCUGAGGCGGAAGCAUUGAAGAAAGAACAGGAAGCACUCAAUGGACCCCAGAAUGGACCUACAAAGGCCAUGUAUUCUGGAAACUAUCUUGGCACUAGGAUGUCCUAUGAUCUUGGCAUUUUAAACUUUUUCUAG